AUGUAUCAAUUGAGAUCAACACUCACAGGCCACGAGCUGGACGUUAGAGGAGUCACUGCCAUCUCUGAGAAUGUCAUUGUUUCUGGCUCAAGAGACGGCACAGCCAGACUGUGGGACAUACAAUACAAUAUGGAUAUCUCCAGCAACAACGAGAUCUGCUUUCUGUCGCCAACUGGAGCAUUCAUCAACGCAGUGGAAUCCUUACCAAUCGAUCCAGCCAACCCUCUUGUUGCCAUUGGAGGUAAGGAUGCUGUGAUCUAUAUCAGCGAUAUUCAUGAUAGUUUUGUUAAACAAGGUGAUGAUUUCGGCAAAUACCAGUUGAUUGGCCACCAGGGCAAUGUUUGCUCUCUUAAUUACAAGGACGGCUCAUUAAUUUCGAGCUCCUGGGAUUGUACGGCGAAGGUGUGGGAUCUCACCAAUUUUGGAGUCAAGUAUGAUUUGGUGGGCCAUACGGCCUCAGUUUGGGACGCACAGAUUGUUGAUGCCACCGAGGGCAUUUACCUUACUUGCUCCGCAGAUAGAACCAUCAGAAAAUGGCGAGGUGAUGUCGAAAUCGCCAAGUACACAGGCCACAACGAUGUGAUCAGAAAGUUGUUGGUUUUGCCUUGUGGAACCAAGUUCGUCUCUGCGUCCAACGAUUGUACCCUCAAGGUGUGGGAUUUGGCUUCCGGAAACGUCUUGCAAACGCUUGUUGGACAUGACUCCUUUAUCUAUGACAUAGGCAUCUUGUCCAAUGGCGAUCUUGUAUCUACUGCAGAAGACAGAUCCGUUAGAAUCUGGCACAACGGCACAGUGGCACAAGCAAUCACACUUCCAUGCAUCUCUGUGUGGAGCGUGGCAGUUUUGCCCAAUGAUGAUAUUGCUGUAGGUGGCUCAGAUAAGCUGAUCUACGUCUUUACUACUGACAAAGAGAGAGCAGCCACUGCAGAAGGUGUGGCCCAGUUCAAGGCACUUGUGGAGAAAUCAACAAUCUCUGAGCAGUCAUUGGACAACUUAAAGAAGACCGACAUUCCAGGCUACGACAGGUUGCAAAAGCCAGGAAAAGAGGAAGGUUCCACUAUCAUGGUCAAGAAUCCUGCUGGAGUCAUUGAAGCCCAUCAAUGGACGGGAGGCGAGUGGGUGAAGAUUGGAGAUGUUGUCGAUUCUGCGGGAGGAAGUAGCGGGAAGAAAGACUACAAUGGAGUAGAGUACGACUACGUGUUUGACGUGGAUGUGGAAGAUGGAAAACCACCUUUGAAGUUGCCAUAUAAUGCGGGUGAAAACCCAUACACUGCUGCAGAGCGUUUUUUGGCCAAUAAUGACUUGCCUGGAUCAUACGCAGAUGAAGUGGUGAGAUUUAUCAAUCAGAAUACUGCUGGCUUCCAACUUGACGAGCAACUGGGUGCUACUCCGGGAGCCGCAUCAGAAGCUCCAAAGGUUAACACUCCAGCCUCGAGUGCACCCGUCGCCUCAGCAAGUUCUCUUUUCCCACAAUCUACCCUUAUCACAUUUAAGGAUUACAAGUCAGAGCAGUUGAUCAAGGGAUUUAUCAAGUUCAAUUCGCAGAUGAAUGAAGAGAAGAAGUUCUCCACUCUGGAAGAAAAAUCAGUGGAGACCGCAUUGAACGACUUGAAAUCAAAGCAAGCACUUUUCUUGAUCAAUUCGAUCAUCCCUAAGAUCCUCAAGGAAUGGGGCAAGUCACAAAAGUUAAUUGCGUUCGAUAUGCUUCGAAUCAGUAUACCUCGCGUUUCUACCAUUGAUUUGCUCCAAUCAACUGAAGCUGCGGAAAACAUAGUGGAGAUGCUUUUGCUGAGUCUCGAGGAGCUUGAAGAGAAUGAUGUCCCUCUCUUUAUGAUGAUUUCCAAGGUCUUGUGUGGAUUAACUGCUAGUACUCUUUUCGCCCAACUUUUCCUCACUAUCGGAGACGACAACAGUGUGGGGUUGAGCACAUAUUUUGAUACGCUUGUGGAGAGAAGCUCAAUUGUGAUUAAGAUCUUCACAACCUCCCCAGCAUCCCAGUCCCACAAACUUUACAAGAGUGCAUUGUCAGCCUUCGCAUCAUUCAUCUUCGAUCUUUCCGCUUAUCCAUUGUCCAACAAGUCGUUGAAUUUCAAUGCCGGCUCGUUGCAGCCUGUAUCGUCAUUCCUAGAUGACGUUGCUGAAGAUAUCAUCAACGAGGACGAGGAGUCUACCUACAGAUUGUGUGUUGCCUUCGGAAAUUUGAAGGUGCUUGGAGCUACAAACUCAAAUCCACAGUGGCUAUCUACUAGUGAAAAAGUUUACACCGAAGCCAGAUUUCAAGAAGUCUAUAAGGCUCUUUAG